AUGGAUCCAUACCAACAAGGAGGUCGUGGCGGUGGUUACCCAUCUCGCGGUGGCCGUGGUGGUGGUGGUGGUGGGCAUAUGGGUUAUCCACCAGAUCAGGGUAACUACGGAGGAGCUCCCGCCUAUGGAGGCUACGAUCCAUACAAUCCAUAUGCUCAAGGUGGAUACGGAAUGUACCCAGGAGGUGGAAGCUAUCCACCACAAGAAAUGCCCUCACCAUUGGAUGCCGAGAUUCAAGCUGUUCUACGAGAAAUACAUUCCGAAGUAGCUGGAUUGGAGUCUUCCGGCGAGCAGUUCAGAAAUGCACGACGCCUUCUGAAUUCCGAGAAAGAGAAGUUGGAAAAUAAUAUAGACCCAGAAUGGCUCGAAGUUGAUGUUGCGAAGCCUGUGAAGGUGUGCAAGAAGAUUCUUAUCCCAAUUUAUCGCCACCCCAGCUUCAACUUCAUCGGAAAAGUGCUCGGACCAAAAGGAGCCACUCUACAAACGCUAUGCAAAACCCACAAAUGUCACAUCUACAUUUUGGGUCGUGGAUCUACGAAAGAUCGCGAGAAGGAAGCUGAGCUUUUGACUUCAGGAGACCCACAACAUGCACAUUUCAGUGGUCCACUCCACGUUAAAGUGGAAACUGUUGCCCCAGCCUAUAUUGCAUAUGGACGUGUGGCCGCUGUGAUUGAAGAGUUGUCGAGAAUUUUGCAGCCAAUCCACGAAGACACUACUCCAGCUCAUUUGAAAAAUGGAACAGGAGGGGAAGGAGAUGAAAAGAACGAUGAUGAAAGGAAAGACGACGAUGGAUCUGGAAGAGGUGGACGAGGAGGAGGUCGAGGUGGAUUCCGAGGAGGGUUCCGCGGUGGACGCGGUGGUGGUUUCGGUGGAGGACCACGGGGAUCAGGUGGUCCUGGAGGACCAAUGAUGGGUGGACGAGGUGGAAUGGGAAGAGGACGAGGAGGACAACCAGCUGGAUUCCGACCAUACUAA